AUGAGCCAAGUUAGAGGGAGCCAAGCUGAAGGGCGCCAAACUGCUGUUAGCCAAGCUGGGGGGAGCCAAACUGCUGUCAGCCAAGUUGGAGGGAGCCAAGCUGCUGUCAGCAAAGCUAGAGGGAGCCAAGAUAUUGUGAAAAGAAGGUCUUGCUUUGAACAGUUGCAUGGUGUUGCCUCCAUUCCAGCUACAAUUGAUCCCUUCCUGUCCCCUCAUUUUCUCCCUCUUUUAUCCUAUGCUCUGUAA